GCGCCAUUUUGAAAGUGUAAAGCUUGGAGGAGGUAGAUGCGAGGGAAAUCUUGAAGUGAAGUACAAAGUCUUCAAACCAGUACUAUACGUUGUGCGUUGUUUUUUCUUGUUAAAACAAAGGGGGGAAAGUAGCUUCGCGUUUACAGUACCCUCCAGACCGAGGGCAUUUGGAGUUAUUAACAGCCUCAUUCCUCCACUGCUGCUCGGUCAGAACUAGCCCAACCGACCCGGGUCAGCAGCACUGCUUCAGUACAGGGCCUGAACCUGCUACGGAGAGCCCAUUCCCUCACCAUGGCAGGUAAAAGAAAACUGUCAGAACGGCCCGGUGGUGGAAGCGGUGAUGUGCAGUGGUGCUUCUCUCAAGUCAAAGGAGCGAUGGAUGACGAUGUGGCUGAAGCUGACAUCAUCUCUACUGUUGAAUUCAAUCACACUGGGGAGCUCCUUGCUACUGGGGACAAAGGAGGUCGUGUUGUCAUCUUUCAGCAGGAACCAGAGAGCAAAAACCAGCCACAGUGCAGAGGAGAAUACAAUGUUUAUAGCACCUUCCAGAGCCAUGAGCCUGAGUUCGACUACCUGAAAAGUCUUGAAAUUGAAGAGAAGAUCAACAAGAUUCGAUGGUUACCUCAGAAGAAUGCAGCACAGUUCCUUCUUUCCACAAAUGAUAAAACAAUCAAGCUGUGGAAAAUUAGUGAGCGUGACAAGAGACCAGAGGGCUACAAUUUGAAGGAAGAAGAUGGGCGAUACAGAGAUCCCAACACUGUCACAACACUACGGGUACCGGUGUUAAGGCCCAUGGACCUGAUGGUGGAAGCCAGCCCCAGACGGGUGUUUGCAAACGCUCACACGUACCACAUCAACUCCAUAUCAGUCAACAGUGAUCAUGAGACCUAUCUGUCUGCAGACGACCUGCGGAUAAACCUCUGGCAUCUGGAGAUAACUGAUCGCAGCUUCAAUAUUGUUGACAUUAAACCGGCCAAUAUGGAGGAGCUGACAGAGGUUAUCACGGCAGCAGAGUUCCACCCCGACCAGUGUAACACUUUUGUUUACAGCAGCAGCAAAGGAACCAUCCGUCUGUGUGACAUGAGGGCAUCGGCACUGUGUGACCAGCAUGCUAAACUGUUUGAGGAGCCAGAAGAUCCGAACAACCGCUCAUUCUUUUCUGAGAUCAUCUCUUCCAUCUCUGAUGUCAAGUUCAGCCACAGUGGACGCUACAUGAUGACGCGAGACUAUCUGUCCGUCAAAAUAUGGGAUCUGAACAUGGAAACGCGGCCAGUAGAGACGUAUCAGGUGCAUGAAUAUCUCAGGAGUAAGUUGUGUUCGCUUUAUGAGAACGACUGCAUUUUCGACAAGUUCGAAUGCUGCUGGAAUGGAAAUGACAGUGUUGUUAUGACUGGUUCCUACAACAACUUCUUCAGGAUGUUUGACAGGGACUACCGACAAGACGUGACCUUUGAGGCGUCGCGGGAAAACAGCAAGCCGCGAUCGGUUCUGAAGCCUCGCAAAAUAAGCACAGGUGGGAAGCGUAAAAAGGAUGAGAUCAGUGUAGACAGUCUGGACUUUAACAAGAAGAUCCUCCACACGGCCUGGCAUCCGCUGGACAACAUCAUUGCCGUGGCAACUACCAACAAUCUGUACAUAUUCCAGGAUAAGAUUAACUAAAGUUUGUUAACCCUUUCAGAUCGGUUCACGGUUUCUUCUUAAACCCUUUUGCUCUCAGAAAAAAAUAUAUCUAAAUCCGUCUUAAGCCAAGCCCCUAGAAAUUGAUCAAAUCUGUCCUUAUAAUAUUGUGAGAAGACUUUUUGUAAUUGGUGCCAUACACCCAGCCAUCAGUCUGCUGUUAGUUUCCUCCAUUAGGAGCAAUCCAUCCUCCUGAGCUUCCAUUUGUAACUCCACUACAUCCCAAACCAAAGGGAAAACAUACCUUUCUAUCACUUUUUGUGCCAUAUUGACUUGAUUAAGUUGUCUGUUAUCGCUACUAGUUUGUUGUGGCUUUAAUGUUUCUCUGUGUUUGUCCCAAAAUUCAUUUUUGUACUGCCCUGAUAGAUUAAUACAAGCUGUCAACACCUUUUAUUUGUUGAAUGAGUUUCAAGUUGCCAAGUUUUUUCCCGUCGUUCCUGAUGUACUGUAUGAUUGUACUGUUAACGGACUAAGCAAACCAUUUUUAUGUUUAGCUAAUUCAUUAAAAUCUUUGGAGAAAUGAUAUCAAAGCUAACAAAGUU